CAUCAGGUGCGUGACGUCGACGGCCACAGGUAGAGCAUUUCCUUCACUCGCUGUGAAUUAGUUUCGCUCACCCACCUGUUCACGGUGGAUAGAGAACAGAAUGGGAAAGCUUCAGGAAUUCGAAAUAACUCUUAAUAACAACAAAACGGUUUAUAGUCCCGGCGAAUCCCUCUCUGGAACUCUGAAAAUCUCAAUUACACAGCCCAUACUAUGUAAAGCAAUCAAAGUGAACUGCCAGGGCUUCUGUGGAGUGACCAGCAAAUCAAAUGACACAGACUGGACAGAGGAGGAGCAGUACUUCAGCAGCUCAGUCUCAAUAGCAGAUAAAGGCACUCUGAAAGAGGGCGAGCACAGUUUUCCCUUCAAGUUUCUCUUGCCAGCUGCUGCACCAGCAUCAUUUGAAGGGCUUUAUGGACAGAUUAUAUACAGAGUUCGGGCUUUCAUAGAGACGCCUCGUUUCGCAAAAGACUACAAGAUAGAGAAGCCAUUCUCUAUGUUGAACAUAUUAAACCUGAAUGAAGUACCUGGUAUACAGGAACCUAGCUCAUCUUCUGUAACCAAGAAUUUCUCAUACAUGCUUGUGAAGAAUGGGACAGUGCUGCUGAAAGCUGCGAGUGACAAGCGGGGAUAUAUCGCUGGACAGAUCAUUAAAGUGUCUGCUGAGAUUGAAAACAAAUCUGAGAAGUCAACAGGCCAUGUGGUUGCCAGUUUAAUGCAGAAAGUAACAUAUAAUACCAAGAAGCCGACAUAUGACUUGCGGACAGUAGCGGAGGUAGAAGGACCUGGAGUGAAGGGUGGAAAUAAAACUGAAUGGAAAGAGAAGAUAAUUGUACCUACUCUUCAUCAGUCCUCCCUGACUGAUGGAAACCUCAUCCAUAUCUGCUACUACAUUCAGGUGUAUUUGAAAUACCCAGAUGUGUCCUUAACUCUGCCCAUUUACAUUGGAAACAUCGCAGUGGAUCCAACUCGGCCUUCCCCCUCCCGGGCGGUUCCACCCAUGCCAGCCCCACGUAACAACCCCACCCCUGCCUCUGCCUCUGCCCCAUCUCCUGCUGCUGCUCCCGCUGAAUCAGCCCCUCCCAAUCUGCCAUUACGCACAACCCCAAAACCUGCACCCAAACCUAGGCCUCGUAGCGCCUACGCAUCCCCCAGUGCACCUCCAGCGGAUCUGUACCCUGAGCUCCCAGGUGUGGCUAACCACAGUGGGGAAAUGGCAAAGAGUCCACAGCAUGAGUCAGGUUCCCAGGCUGCAGUGUCCCCUAAUGCAUUCAGCUAUGCUCCUGGACUCAGCUUCAAACAGAAACAGAACUCCAACGGCCCAUCAGCACUGCCCUUGAGUUCAUCCUCCCGCCCUCAAGACACAAAUGGAAAUCAAAUGUCCUCUUCAGCAAGCUUGCCUCCAAACUAUAGGAGUUCAGAAUAUCCACAUGAACCUCCACCUUCUUAUGAAGAUAGCUGCAAUAUAUAGGAUGUCACCCAAACGAAGGAAGGGAGAAAAAACAGUGAAAACAUUCAUAACACUCCUGUGACUUUAUAAUAAAUGCAGACCUCAAGCACUUUUGAACCAAAUGUGUAAAUAUACAAAUUCUGUGUUCUUCAGAGUUCUGAUAUUAAACCUUAGAGGUCAGCUGAAAUAAUACUUCAUAUGUGGUUUGGCAGCUAUAAUGCCAACCAAACAGUUGGAAAUUUUGCUUUUUAUUUUUUGUCACUGGAAAUUAGAUCUGUCUCUUGCUAAAGUUAUUUUACCACUUGUUUUAGAAGUUUUAUAAUGGAAGAGUAUUAAGUACUCUUUUACUAGUAGACUAUCCCUUGUUUUAUACAUUUGUACUUGCAAUCACACAACAAUCAAGGUAUAUUUGCUUUUAUUAGUAUGUUCAGGCUUUGUUUUCGUAUACACCCUUUGUUUGAAUACACCCAUCAUCCUCAUUAUAUGAGACUACUGACUAUAUGAAGUUCUGUGGUAUUUAAUUGUUGUUUUCUGACUUUGAUAGUAUUUUUUUCUCCCAAGACAGUUUUAUUGCACACUACUUGCAUGUUAAAAACGUUUUUGUAUUUAAGCAGUGAUUUACAUUUAAAUGUAGUGUACAGAUUAAUAAAAUUCUUUUGAAAAUCAAUGUCAUGCAUAUGAAGACAAAUUUUGCAGUUGAAUUACACUAACUGAAAAAAGUGUACUUCUAAAUAGAAUGGGAAUGAAUCAGUUACAUUGCUUGUAACUUUGAUAUGAAUCUUUGAUAGGUUAUAUUUUUGCCUUAUACAGAUGGAGGCUGAAGAUCAGGACUUGAAAGUUAAAGCAAAGGGAUGGUAGACAUUGCCAAUAAGUAACAAUAGUUCUGCCUUAAGCUGUCUUGUGUACUAAAGCCGUUUGGCCUUAAGGUGCCAACUGCUGCAAAUUUGAGAUGUCCAUGUUAUUGUACAAUAACUUUCAGGGUGUUUCACUUUAUAAAAGGAAUUUCUAUCGGUAAUUCUUUGAAAUCCAUUUGUUGAGGUUCCCCACACAAACAAUGUCUUGAUUUUUUGUGAUAUACGUGUGAUACGUGAAUCUUAAAUAAAGUGAUAAUAUUUACAGAAAA